AUGGCCGACUACUCUUUUGGCGGCUCAGAAGAAGAGAAUGCCGAGCUGAGGAAACUCGAGGCUGAGCUGGUCGAAGAUCCAGAUAACUUCGAAACAUGGGAAAAGCUCGUGCGCGGUGCAGAAGGUCUCGAGGGCGGCAUUAAUCGCAACUCCAAUCCACAAGCAAUCACCACUGUUCGGAAUGCGUACGAUCGAUUCCUCGCCAAGUUCCCUUUGUUGUUUGGAUAUUGGAAGAAAUAUGCCGACCUUGAAUUUUCAAUUGCUGGGACAGAAGCUGCGGAAAUGGUGUACGAACGCGGCGUCGCAAGCAUUCCGACUUCAGUCGACCUCUGGGCAAACUAUUGCGCCUUCAAAGUCGAAACGAACCAUGACUCUGAUGUCAUUCGAGAAUUGUUUGAGAGAGGCGCAAACUGUGUGGGGUUGGACUUCCUCGCCCACCCGUUCUGGGACAAGUAUAUCGAGUUCGAGGAACGGCUUGAGGCCUUCGAUAAGAUCUUUGCCAUUUUAGGUCGUGUGAUUCAUAUCCCUAUGCAUCAGUACGCUCGUUAUUUUGAGCGGUACCGACAACUUGCGCAAGGUCGACUUCUGAACGAAUUAGCACCUCCGGAGAUUGUUACUCAAUACCGUUCAGAAAUUGAAGCUACACCUGGUCAGCCUCUUCCCGGUGCCAAAUCUGAGGCUGAACUUGAAAGGGACCUUCGUCUACGCCUGGAUGCCUACCAUCUAGAAAUUUUCACCAAGACUCAGACUGAAACAGCUAAGCGCUGGACCUACGAAUCUGAAAUCAAACGUCCAUACUUCCAUGUGACCGAGUUAGACGACAGUCAACUAGCCAACUGGAAGCGCUACCUGGAUUUCGAGGAAGCAGAGGGAUCAUAUGCUCGUAUUGUCUUCUUAUACGAACGAUGCCUUGUUACAUGCGCUCACUACGAUGAGUUUUGGCUACGCUAUGCCAGAUGGAUGUCGGCGCAGCCAGACAAGGAAGAAGAAGUGCGAAAUAUCUACCAGAGAGCAAGCACUAUAUACGUGCCAAUUGCAUAUCCCACAGUGCGCCUGCACUAUGCCUACUUUGAAGAGAUGACUGAGCAUGUUGAUAUUGCCAGAGACAUCCACGAAGCAAUCCUCUACACGCUUCCAAACCAUGUUGAGACUAUUGUCUCACUAGCAAACUUAGCUCGUCGUCACGGCAAACUCGAGGACGCUAUUGAUGUGUACAAGAGCCGUAUAGAAACCCCUAGUUGCGAUGCGGCUACCAAGGCAGCUCUUGUCGCUGAAUGGGCCAUCUUGAUCUGGAAGAUUAAGGGCUUUUCAGAUGAAGCUCGACAGGUUUUCCAGAGCAACCAGCAAAACUAUUUGGACAGCCGCGCAUUCUGGACUCGCUACCUACUGUUUGAGCUGGAGCAACCCUCCACUCCAGAAACUGAGACUGUUCAACACGAACGUAUCAAGAAGGUGGUUGACGAUAUCCGAAACAAGAGUACUCUCCCAUCCGACGCAGUCAAAGAGCUUGUUCAAAGCUACAUGGUUUAUCUGCUUGAACGUGGCACCAAAGCCGCGGCCAAAGAAUACAUCACAUUGGAUCGUGAGGUCCAUGGACCUGCUUCGGUCUCUUCCACAAACAAGAAUAAGGAAGCUGCUAAAGUGGCCCCUCCUGUUCCUCAACCUGUCCCUACACCAGACCCCGCGGCUGCCUAUGCUUAUUAUCAACAACAGCCACAAGCACAAAUACCAGUGCCUAACGGAGGGAUUCCCACUCAACCAGCUCAUUACUAAUGAUUAAUAUCUCCCACCCCAUUUGAUCAGAUCGUAUGAUCUGUCACCCCCUUUUUUUCUACUGUAGAAUAUCGCCCUCUGAUUGAUACUUUGGGAUUUACUCGCAAUAGUAGUCAAUAACCAUGGGAAGUAUCGUGUUUUGUUGUUUGUUUUUUAUAACCUAAUGGCGUAUUAAUCGGUUUCACGGGCAUGGCUCGUCCUACAAGGAUUGGACUACGAAGCUUAUAUGCAUAAAUAAAAUUCAUUUGAAUGAUUC